AUGGAAAAGCUUUUGCUGAAAGGACUUCGCUCACCACUGAGCCACGUUCCUGGACCGUGGCAUACUCGCUUUUGCAGAUGGAGCAUAAAGAAAAGUCGCCUGACAGGCACUAGAAUGAACCACAUCUAUGAGCUUCACAGAAAGUAUGGGAAGAUUGUUAGGGUUGCGCCAAACGAGAUUUCAUGCGUCGAUCUAGACUCUUUCCUUCAGGUUUAUAAGGUAGGGGGAGGGUUUGAGAAAGCACAAUGGGUUGGGGAUUUCGCCGACAAGCUGCCCGCCCUUUCGCUAUCAUUCAUUACGAACAAAGAUGAGGCAAAAGAGCGUCGAAAGCUUUUACAAAAAUCCUUUACUCUAGCUUCAUUACGCCAGAAUUGGGAGAGCGAGAUCAGGCAAAACAUUGAGCAUGCCGUUUCAAAGAUCAGGGAUGACGCACUAACAGGCUCGGCAAACACGCACAAGUGGUGGACAUUAAUGGCUGCAGAUAUUAUCAGUCAGUUAUCGUUCGGCAAGUCGUUUGGCAUGCUCGAUCUUGGAAAGAGCACACUUUACAUGAGAGCGAUUGAGACUGCUUUACUCGGGGCCGUCUUCAAAAGCGAACUGCCCUUACUUCAUUUCAUUUUCAGACUCAUUCCCAAGUCUUCAUUCCAGACACUUGGUCGAUGCCUUGAUCAAGUCGAUGACGCAGGGAAGAAUGGAGUGGAGCAGCUCGCGCAACAACACGAUAAGACACGCAGUCUUUUCAAAGAAAUGAUUGUUGAUUGUGAGAAAGAAGAUCGUCCUUGGCUGAGCGAUGACACAGUACGAAUUGAGGCAGCAGGCAUGAUGGUUGCGGGGUCAGAUACUACAGCUGCUGUCCUGACAUACCUGAUAUGGUCAGUUCUGAGGCAAAAAGAUCUGCAAAAAAGGCUUGAAGAAGAGAUCGCAAAAUUGGGUGACGACUUCGAUGACAAAAAGCUGGAAGGCUGUCCGCUUCUAAAUGCUGUCAUUGAAGAAACAUUAAGGUUAUAUCCAGCUGUGCCAUCAUCCCUCCCUCGGAAAGUCCCGCCUGGAGGUGUUAAUCUCUCAUCUUACUUCAUACCAUCAGGCACAGUUGUUUAUAGCCCUGCUUAUACUCUUCACCGAGAUCCAGACAUCUUUCCAGAUCCUCACCGCUUCAAUGCAGAUCGAUAUCUCAACCCAAACAUGGUUGGCUUGAAGCAGCGGCAAGCCAUGGCCGCACUUGGAGCUGGUGCAAGAGUGUGUCUUGGUCAACAUCUAGCUAUGAUGGAGCUUCGUCUUGCCACGGCCAUUUUUUUCCAACGAUGUCGAGGCGCCACCAUCAGCAGAAGCAUGCCUUUGGAUAGUAUGGACAUGGUUGACUAUGUACUUUUGUCGCCGAAAAGAAAGCGGUGUGAUGUAACCCUGGUAGGGGCAUAA